AUGUGUGGUGAUGAAGCGGCAGCAGCUCGGUCGAUGCUCCAAAUAUCAUAUCCUAUGGAGAACGGGAUAGUGAAAAUAUGGGACGACAUGCAACAUCUCUGGGACUUCACAUUCCACGAAAAGCUCCGGGUCGAUCCCUCGGGCCGCAAGAUCCUGCUCACCGAGCCUCCCAUGAACCCCUUGAAAAAUCGAGAACGUAUGUGCGAAGUCAUGUUCGAGCGCUAUAACUUCGGCGGCGUCUACGUCGCUAUCCAGGCCGUCCUAGCUCUGUACGCACAAGGCCUCAGUUCGGGCGUGGUCGUCGACAGCGGCGACGGAGUCACCCACAUCGUGCCGGUUUACGAAUCCACAGUACUCAACCACCUCACCCGCAGGCUCGACGUCGCAGGCCGCGACGUAACCCGAAAUCUGAUAGCGCUCCUCCUCCGGCGCGGCUACGCGCUGAACCGAACAGCCGACUUCGAAACCGUGCGGCAGAUCAAAGAAAAGCUCUGCUACGUCUCCUACGACCUGAACCUCGACCAAAGACUGUCAGAGGACACCACCGUCCUCGUGGAAUCCUACACCCUCCCCGACGGCCGCGUCAUCCGCGUCGGGUCCGAACGCUUCGAGGCACCGGAAUGUCUGUUCCAGCCGCAUCUCGUCGACGUCGAACAGCCGGGCAUAGCCGAGUAUCUGUUCAACACCAUCCAAACGGCCGACGUGGAUGUGCGGAGUAGUCUCUACAAAGCCAUAGUGUUAUCUGGUGGGAGCAGCAUGUAUCCCGGCCUCCCGAGCAGGUUGGAGAAAGAACUCAAGCAGUUGUGGUUGACGAGGGUGCUGCAGGGGAAUCCGGAGAGGCUGAAUAAAUUCAAAGUCCGAAUCGAAGACCCACCGAGGAGGAGACACAUGGUCUUUUUGGGUGGGGCGGUGCUGGCCAACAUCAUGGCAGACAAAGAGGAUAUGUGGAUCUCGAAACAGGAAUGGGAGGAACAAGGGCCGAGGGUCAUGGAGAAACUGGGUCCUCGAUAA